AUGGACCAGGAAUUACAUCCAGGCGACGGAGAACCGAUCUACACCGCAAAGGCGUGCGAGAAUAUCCGCAUUUCUAUACCAAGGACUCAACAGGUUCAAGAUAGCUGCUCUAGUCGAAAUAAUACCAUUGUUACUCCAUAUUUCUCUCUUACUCUUCUUGGCCGGAUUAUUCGCGUAUCUGCUAUCCGUGAACUAAUGCUUUGGCGUAUCUCAUUCUUGCCGACCACCAUCCUCUGUGGGACACUAUAUGCUCUCAUCACUUUUCUUCCCGUAUUCCAUUAUGACUGUCCUUACCGCACACCUCUCUCCCUCUUAUCCUGGAGAAUUCUUUGCAGUCUCCGACUGCUUCGACGUCGAGACUCCCUCGGCGUUUUACAACCUAUUGUCUGUGGAAUGUCGGAAGCCCAGGAGACCGCCGCUGUAGAAAUAUCACCACAGCGCGAUGCACGAGAUUUCGAUGCAAUGUGCUGGGCUAUUGAGCUACUACGCGUCGACAACGAGUUGGAACCUUUCAUCGAGGUUAUACCCAACGUCGUCGCCUGUAGCGAUUUGAGCGCCAAGCUGCUGCUGUACAGGUUGCUUAAUCACGACGCGGUGACGAUACGCCUGGGAUAUCGUAUUCAACGCCUUCUCGUGACAUGCACCCAGAGCGAGCUCGCACCAGCAACAGUGCAGAAGCGGGCUAUAACAUGCCUUAGUGCAAUAUGGUCCUUAACAAUGAUGUCCCUCCCAGCGUCACCUGUUACAACAACUUCUGCGACAUAUCGUUCACGGGAAACACUCCACUUUGACGAACAAACGCUGAAAUACAUAAACCUUGUACAAAGCAGCAUACCAAGUGUAUCAGAUUAUUCCGUGUCCGCUCUCACCGUCGUAUCCAGGAAUCUACUCGAUAUGUAUGUCGAUCAAAUUCUCAAGCUAGAAACAGAGAUUGGGGGGUUUGUCAUGACUGGAAAGUGGUGCCAUCGUCAACUUCAAGUUGACUUGACCCACCGUCAUUCCGACCUCGUGCUCAAGAGAUUGCAUCAGCAGCUUGAUGAGCUGGAAGAGCAUCUUUUCUGCUCCCAUCAAAAAUUCGUUCUGCCCUGCACGACGAUGGAGGCUGUUCAUUGGCACUUGGAGGAGCUCAUCAAUACCGGCGGCCUCCACGUCCGACAUCAGGAUCACAGAGAGCCUUCUCUCAAUCAAGCAGGAUUUUCCCUGACGACUGAAUUCAUCGCAUAUCUACUAAAGAGUCCGUCCCUUCCUUACGAGGCAUCGAACACCCUCCGCCGGCUCUUCCUGGCCAUCGAUUAUGAUAUCCCUCUUUCGCUGGAGUCUCAGAGUCUCUUUGUUGAACAGCUUGAUGAGGCUCUCGAGCCUCACCCAUUGCUCACAGGAUCACGAUUACCAGAAAGUAUAAUUAACAUUCUGCAAGGAAUGGUUCCAGCCGUCACCGAAGCGUCCUGUAAACUGAAGGCUAUGAGGACUCUCCACCUUUACAGAAACCGUUUCCCAUCGAAUGAUGCCGCGUCAAAGGCGUUGAUACAUCUCCAAGGAGACCUUCCGAGUCCACAUCUGCCAUCUCCCCCGUUGGAUCUAUUUGGGUCACACAUGUAUACAAACACCAAGCUGGACAAACCGGUCACUUUGACCAGAAUACUGGGUGAGAGUAGGGAUGCCGCAGGUUUGGAUGUUGUCCUGCAAGGACCAUCAAUAACACGGUAA